UUUCUGGAGACUUUCACAGAACAUGCGCAUGUUCAUGUCAAGUGUAGUGCGAGGGGAAUAAUAUUUUGGCUUUCGGGGGCCUAAAAUUAGCCGGAAAAUGCAUAAAUUAAAAUUUUCACAAAGAGACAAAGUGAAAAAAUUUAUAACGUUCACACAAACUGGGGAGCAGACCGCGAUCUACUGUUUAGCGCAAAAUGAUUGGAAACUGGAUCUGGCAAGCGAUAACUACUUCCAGAACCCGGAGGCUUACUACAAAGAGUCAAAAAUCUAUUCUGUCGAUAAAAAGAAACUGGAAAUAUUAUAUAGCAAGUACCAAGAUCCAAGUGAGCCCAAUAAAAUUACGGCGGACGGUAUCAUGAAAUUUCUGGACGAUUUAAAUUUAAGCCCCGAGAGCAAAUUAGUCCUAAUUAUUGCAUGGAAAUUUCGUGCGGAAACACAAUGCGAAUUCACUAAAGAUGAGUUUAUGAAUGGAAUGAUGGAUUUGGGUGUGGAUAGUAUAGAUAAAUUAAAAGCACGCUUAGGUAAUUUAGAAAAUGAAUUGAGAGACCCUCAGAAGUUCAAAGACUUCUAUCACUUCACGUUUAAUUAUGCAAAGAAUACGGGACAGAAAGGCUUAGAUUUGGAUAUGGCGAUCGCUUAUUGGAACAUAGUGUUAGACGAUAAGUUUAAAUUCCUACAAUUAUGGUGCCAGUUCUUGCAGGAACAUCACAAGAGGUCAAUUCCAAAAGACACUUGGAACUUGCUACUAGAUUUUGCACUUAUGAUCAACUCGGAUAUGAGCAAUUACGAUGAAGAGGGCGCCUGGCCUGUAUUAAUAGACGACUUUGUCGAAUGGGCACAACCUCGAGUUCGUCAGUCUCUCUAACGUUCUUUUUUCUUCUCUUGCAACGCUCAUACAUGCUAACUUUAUUUAUUCCAUUUAUAAAAACGUAAUAAUUUUCAAGUACUUCAUGAAACACUUGGUUUUAACGAUGUAUCAUCAUGCUGGUUUUGUUUAUACAUGAUUUCAAACGGUUUUGUGUAUGCAACGGAGUGAAUCAUAGUACAUACUGUAUAGCAUUCUUGUAACGCGUGCAUUCUGGACAUUGUACAAUAUACCGCUUCGAUAGACAUUAUUUCAUUUACUAAAAACAUGCAAGGAGAGGAGUGUCUUUCGAGUGUUUGCUGAAAAACUGUUAUAAAUGACUACUUACAUAUACCAAUCUAAUUCCCGUGUGAGAUAUACUAACUACAUAGGGUAUACGAAAUCGUUACUUGUAAUAUAAUUUACUUCUAACGCUUGAUUUAUCUUUGAAAAGAAAAUAAGCAUUGCCUUGAGAUUGAUCAUAUUGUACAAAGUGACACAUGAUGUAUAAAAUGUUCAUUUACGAUGGGAAAUAUGGCAAAACGUUGCUCAACUACCCCAAGCGGUGCAAGCAGUUUUUAGGGAAAGGGGAGAACGAUUCCCGAUGUUCUUUUUAAAGGAUAUGUUGUACGGAAACAAAAUUGCAAAAGGAUUAGGCUCAUAUACGUUCGUGUAGAUAGUAAUUUCUAGAAAAAAAUUGCGUUGUUGAAAACUGUUAUUAAAUGAAUUCUACAAUACUCUAAUGUACGACAUUCUUGUAAUGUAUAUAAGAUCAUAAAGAGAAAGAAAUCUGUAUUUUAGACAUUACGCUGUUUCGGCACUAUUCUACUUACUUUUCAUAUUCAAUCAAGUUAAUGAUGACAGAGAGAGGAGAGAGAGGGAAGAAAUUUAUUUCUUCUAUAUCAGGAGAAAAUGAUAUAUUCAUAUUGUACUUCUGAAAUCGUUAUAACUACUAGACGAAAUCAAUUAAAUUGUUUUAUCAAUUCAAACAAUCCUUUCGGUUGCGCGACAGCAUUUGUUACGUUCACUCAUUGAGCUGUUAGUACAUAAGGAAAAAUUAUAUUUUUUAUAUGAACAGAUUUGAUUCUCUUAACAAGUUUGUCAUAAUUAUUUUGUAUGUUAAACAUUAUCCCUUGUAAUUACGUCCUACGCAAAUUUAGCAGCAAAUUUAGUAGUCAUGUAUUUGUUUCCACUAUUAAAGUGAUUUUUAUUUAUACGAAAUAUGUAAAGUAAUAUAACAGAGACAUUGUAAUGUAAAAAAAUUACACAUUAUCACAAAUUGAAAGCUAAUUGUUAAGGAAUCAAAAUAUUGUAGUUACUUAUACAUACGAUGUUAUAUGAAGGUAUAAAAUUUCGAGUAAAAUUGUAUCGUCCAAGCGUUUUUGAUUAUAUUUUAUAAGUGUAAUGGAAUAACUGUGAAAGAAAAAAUCUCAACAGAUAUAUAAAUUAAUGUAAACUUAUUAAUAUAUAGUUAUACAUAUCGCCUGGGAUAUGUUUGCGCAAUGCUAAACUCAUUCGAAAAAGAAUGUACAUCGUAUUUUCGAAAUUACUUAAACAGUUAUUGUUUUCGAAGAUAAAUCGAAUUAUUUUCUUAAUAGUUUCAGCAUUGUGUAAACAAUGAAGCGUUUUACCAGCCUUAGAGAAAAGAAA